AUGCGAACGAAAAGAUUGUGGCAUAACAUCAAAAUUAUAAUUGUGGAAACUAUACUCGCCAUGUUGCCAGAAUUGAUGACAAACUACGAAUUAUCGGGUUCGACAUUAUCGUCCGGUGAGCAUGGCACCCCAAUUCUCCACGAAAUUAACGCCGCUCCUUCACUGACGAUUGACCACAGCCUUACUGAUGGAGUUCGCAUGAAGAUUAUUGUGGAAGAAUUGAUCAAGCUUUUGUUCGUACGCGAUACGCUGUUGUUGGUUACGGGUCAACUACAAGAGCACCCAGAUGUAGAAGUCCCUCUGCACAUGGCAGCUCAAGAUCGUCGGAGUUUUGACUGCUUUGUAGUCGCAUAA